AGGUCCCAGUUCGCAUGCCCUUCUCUUUCUCUCCCUUUUGUUCUCUUCUUCUGGUCGUCUCUAUCGUUCUUUUCAUUGUUUUUUCCUGUGUAGCUGGUCUUGGUUGUUCUAUUCUACGCCAUUUAAUGUGGCUUCUGCAUAGUCUUCCUUUCUUAUUAGACCGACGCUCUCUGACGUGGUCGUGCAGACCGAGCUCGACCUUUUUUUUAUUUUUUCUCCUGCAUUUAGCCACUCUGGACGUCUCCAUACUGUGGCGCAGCGCCUGCACGGUGUACUCUUCGGUCUUUUGUAUAUUUUACUCUUCUUCUGUUUCCAUAAUUGCAGUCUCGUAUCUUCUUGUCGGUCCUGGUUAUUAUUAUAUGACACCCGCCCCGCUAAAUACGACCGCUUAUUUCCCCAACGCUCCAUCAGUCGUUGGCCCUGUUCUGAAUAGCUUCCUUCUGCCCCGCCUCUACAUACCCCGCUGCGCGGU